UUUUAUACAUACACAUGUAGGUCAUAGAAAAAAUGGCUUAGCACCAAAAGCUCGUAUGUAUCGUGGCAAGGAAUAACUUUUAAUUUAAAUGGCCUUCAGUGAUCUAUGUCACAUAGGUAAUACGUACAAAACCGUCGAAAAUGAAUCUGAUCAGUCGGAACGCAUUAUGGAGGAAAACUCGAUGGUCCGUGAUCUCAUCACAAAGAUUCUCGACGAGACAACACCUACAGAAGGAAGCAGCUCAAACCCGGUCCAGGAUAAAACGCUAAGCGGUCUACCUGGCCAGUACCCCAAAGCCGACACAAACACCUCAUACGUACCACCGUCAUACUACCAGAACCUAUACAACUAUGGCCAAAACGACCAGAACGGCUUUAACUAUUUACAAAACGGUUAUGGAGGCUCAAACUUCGUCAAUUACCCUGAAAGUGACGUCAGCACCUUACUGGGCAUCGACCCGUUCCCAGAAUCCAACUCUGACGUCACGCCAGAACAGCUCAACCUUCUCCGAUUAGCUGCCCAGGAGAUUGGCGGCGCCCAAUUUUCCAGUCCAAAGUACGACGACAAGUAUUACAACUUCUUCGAACCGAGCCAAAGAAACUCGCUACCUGACACGACAUACAUGAAUAACUACAACCGACCGAACAGUUUGAAUUUGGAUUUGAGCUACGAAAACCCUUUCAAUAACCAGCGAUUCCCGAACAAAUUCGACGGUUACAAAGACCAGAGUCAGGAGGCAGAGUUGCUAAGCUAUUUGAACCAUUUGAACCUAUCGAUGGAUCGAUCGAGAGACGAAAAUCCGAUCCAAAAUAACAUGGAUUUCAAAAUGCCCAUGGAUGGGCAUUACCAAGAAGACUUCAACAAAAUGCAGGAGAAGAUGUUUUACAAUCGGGGCUUCCAGCAACCACCUCCAAAGAACUUCAUUGGGGACAAUUUCUACAAUAUGAUGUCUCAAGUGAAUGAGCGAAGUCCGAUCCAAAACUUCGAAUAUCCGAACCAAAACACGCCGGUUUCGGGGGCCAACAAUUUGAAUUUUAAACCUAACGGCUUCCAUCAGAACGAUUUUAUGCAAAGACGUGACAUGAAUCAGAUGCCUCGAGAGAAUUACCCAGUGAAUGGGGCAUUGAAUGAGCAGAGAACGAAUUUUGAGAACGCUUUGGGCAAUAACCAGGCUUUGUUGAGGCAGAAUCAGGAAUUGGCGCGACAAAUGACCAUGUUGAUGAGGAAUCGACCUCCGCCUAACCCUUUGAACGUGGAUGUCUCUUUCUUGCAUGAGAAUACUCCUUUCAAUCUUGGCCUGGGCGCGUUGUUAGGGCCUAGUCCGCCCGUCCCGCCGCCAGUGUUGCCAUCGCCUAUGCUCGAUUUACCACUUUUGGCGCCGUUUUAUGCUAUGAGGAAUAUGAGGUGA